GGGGAGCUGGCCCUGGUCAUGGAAAAGCUGCCCUCCUGGGCGGCCCCGCAGCCUGUGAAGAGGAACCUGCUGACCAUGCGGGACGAAGCCUACGUCUGCUCGGAGCCGCUGGGGGUGGUGCUGAUCAUCGGGGCCUGGAACUACCCCUUUGUGCUGAUCAUGCAGCCUCUGAUCGGGGCCAUCGCAGCAGGCAACGCCGUGGUGGUGAAGCCGUCCGAGAUCAGCGAGAACACGGCUCGACUGGUGGCUGAUCUCCUCCCCCAGUACCUUGACCGG